AUGGGUAAAUUAAGGUUUAAAAGACAGGAUCUAUGGUCCACUCUGACCUCUAAAGAUACGAUUAGAUUUUUAUGGCAGCGUUUUGUUAUGAUGGCAGGUAUGGAUCUGCGUUCGAUUGCGCUCUUCCGUUUCACAAUGGCUUGUUGUGUGAUUGGUGAUAAUAUCGAGCGUAUGGGUGAUCUCUUUGUGUUGUACACAGAGGAAGGUCUCUUCCCACGUUCAUUGAUUGUCUCGCGUUACAGCAGCAACUACUUCUUCCCAAUACACAUUGUCAACACCAGUUGGACAGCGCAACUCAUCAUUUUCCUCAUCCACACUUGGAUUGCUUUCUGCAUGGCCAUCGGUUUCCGUACCAAACUAAUGACUUUCCUCACUUGGGCAUUGACUAUCUCGCUCCAGUCAUACGUUGGAGUCAUCGGUCACGGUGGUGAUGUCUACUUCCGUUUGAUGUUGUUCUUCUGUAUGUUCUUGCCGACUGCAGAGUUCUACUCGGUUGACAACUGGAACUUCUCACAGCCAAAAGAUUCCGCUGGAAAGGACGACGACUCGGUGCCACUCAUAGACCACGAGAAGAUUGUCGACACCAACACUUCGCUCGACGACAGCAAGAAGAACGAUGACGCACCCAUUGAGAUUGUCGGAUCGAUGCCCGACAGCUCGUCGUCGUCGCCGACCUCAAUCGCGUCCGUCAGCAAGAAACCACUCGACCCCAAUCGCUAUCGUUUCAUCUCUUUCGCCACUAUGUGUGUAUUGCUACAGAUGUCCUGUAUGUAUAUCGCUUCGUUCUUCCACAAGUCUGGUGAGGAGUGGGCCAAUGGUGAGGCAACCUUCUACGCCAUCUCGCUCGACUACUUCCAGACACCGUUUGCUCGUUGGAUUCUACCCUUCCGUACCACUCUCAAGUUACUCACCAUUGCCGUCGCCAAGUGGGAGUUGAUCGGACCACUCUUUUGGUUCUCGCCAGUCUACACUGACUACUGUCGUCUGCUCGGUGCUGUUGGAUUCAUGGCGCUACACGCCGGUUUCGUUUCGUGUUUGCGUCUCGGACUUUUCUUCUGGGUCACUUUCUUUGCACAGACAUGCAAUUUCCCACCAUUCGUUUGGGACUACACCUUUGAUUUCUGUGAGCGUAAAUUGAUGCGUGGACAACGCGCCGUACGUGUUUUCUACAACACCAGCUCACCACUCUCACAAUAUCUAACUUUGAUAAUGAAGACAUUCUUUGUUUUGCCAUCGUGCGCCACCUAUGCACCACUCGACAAGAUGCCAGAAGAACAAUCAAUGACCACAGUAAGCACCACCCCAUUCGCCAGCGACGACGAAUCCUCACACAAACACAAGCGUCUCUUGGGAGACGAUUGGUUCGUCUCGAUCGAUGGUAACGGUGUGCGUCGUAGAAAUCUCGCCGCCCUCAAUCAUCUCUGCAGCAAGUCGCCACUCCUCUUCUGGCUCGCUUGGUUGUGCGCCAAAGUACCCAUCGGUGUCACCAACGUCGUCUCCACCAUCUUCCAAUACUGCCACAGCCAGUCGCAAGCCUCACAACAACAGACCAAACGUCCAUCUAUCUAUGUUCGUCGUAGAGGUCCACGUCGUCCAGCCCACCGUAUCUACUCGAUCUACACCAACGUCGUCUGCGCAUUCCUCUUCUACUUGGUACUCGGUUACAAUCUCAACAUUUUCCACCACCAAAUUCCAGGCUGGCACUUCCGUUAUCAACAACUGGCGUUCCUCAUUCGUUUCGAUCAGGGUUGGAACAUGUUCAGUCCAGCACCACCAAAAUCGCAUUGGUGGCACGCCAUUCACGGUGAACUCGACGACGGAACACAGGUCGAGCUGUUCAAAGACAACGCAUUCCACGAGCUGGCAACACGAGUCAACUACAAAGUCGAUUUCGAGAAACCAGUGCCAUUCGACACCACCUACGGUAACCAUCGUUGGUUCAAAUUCUGGGAGAACGGAUACAACGCAUUCGGAGCGGAUUCACUCCGUCUUGAGACUGGACGUUACGUCUGUCGACAAUUCAACUCUGUCAACACUGGAACAAAGAAACUCUACAGAUUUACAGUAUUCUUUGUACAUGAAUUUAUGAAUUUAGAUGGUACUGUCACACCACCAGCACAUCAAUCACUUUGGAAUCAUCUUUGUUACGAGAGAACCGAAACAAAGACAUAA